CGAGCGCACGCGCGAGCCGCCAUGUUCGCGGUGCACGAGGCUGCAGCAAUGAGGAAGUGGGCCCACCUUCCAGCAGGAUCCCAGAGGUGAGGGAGUGGCCACCUGCUGCGCGCCUCAGUGUGAGACGGCAGCUGUCAGGCCCGGACUCUCCCAGGGGAUUAGAGUCUGCUUCCAGCUCGAUUUGGGGGGAAUCCAGUGAGUAUCAGGAUGAUGCGCGUAUGACCCAACCUUGACCAUGUAUGAGGUGAUGUCCGGCGAGACCCUCUCCUGGAAGGGUCCGUGUCCAAAAACGGAGCCCAGUCCCCCCGAGCCGCAGCCCAGCGUCGACGGCGGACUGAUGAAGAUCAUCAAAGUGUGCUUCUGCACCAACAACAACCUGGGCAAGAACUUCAAGCUGGUCAAAUGCGACAGCACCUGGCAAGUCAGGGCCAUCAUCCGCUCCAUUCUGGUCAGCGGGCGCCUGGGGCCCAACGUGGAGCACGUGGGCUCCUACGGCCUCCUGCUGAAGCACCUGAAGUCUGCCGAGCUCCACUGGCUGCAUCCAGAUCUGACGGUGGGGGAGGUGGAGCAGCGCUACGAGAGCCACCACGUGGAGGCCGAGUGGAGGUACGACCUUCGCAUCCGGUACAUCCCCGUCAACUUCCUGGAGACGUUCAAAGACGACAGGUCCACGCUGCUGUACUUCUACCAGCAGGUCCGGAGCGAUUACAUGCAGUUUCACGCCAGCAAGGUCAGCGACGGGAUGGCGCUGCAGCUCGGAUGCUUGGAGCUCAGGAGGUUCUAUAAGGACAUGAAUGCAAAGGGACUAGAGAAGAAGUCCAACCUUGAUCUGCUCGAAAAAGAAGUGGGUCUGGAAUUGUUUUUCCCCCAGCAGCUGAUUAACAGCAUGAAGCCGAAGCAGCUGCGGAAGAUGAUGCUGCAGACGUUCCAGCAGUACGCCGCGCUCCGCGAGGACGACUGCAUGGUCAAGUUCUUCGAGACCCUCAAGGACUUCGUCAGCUACGACGAAGAGGUGUUCCCGUGCGAGCUCGUGCAAGGCUGGAGUUUGUCGGUGGAGCUGGUGAUCGGUGGGAGGGGCAUUCGGCAGCGGACGCAGAAGAACGCGGCGGCUUCGUUUCUCGCCGACUUCAAACAGAUCAAGAAAGUGCAGUGCUUGUCGCAGGGCGACGGCAAGGCGCUCCUCAAAAUCGACGUGGAGGGAGCGCGACAGUGCCUGUCCAUCAGCGUGGCCUCGGACUCCGCCGCGGAGAACCUGAUGGACCUCAUCGACGGCUACUGCCGCCUGGAGAGCAACACCGAGGGCACGGUCAUCUACAGGCCCAACAAAGAUGUGAGUCUGCGCUGUUCCCUCCCCGAGAUUCCUACAAGCAGAGACCGCAGCUCGUACAGACAGAGUAUGGGGUCAGACAUCUACUGUGAGAUUCCUGAUGAAAGGCCAAAGCCAGUGGUGAAGUACGGGAUCAGCCGACACGACAUCGUGCUCGGGCGAAUCCUCGGCGAGGGAUUUUUCGGGGAAGUCUACGACGGCGUCUACAAGAACCCCAACGGGGAGCGGACGAACGUGGCGGUGAAAACCUGCAAAGACUGCUCGCCCGACGUGAUGGAGAAGUUCAUGAGUGAAGCAGUAAUUAUGAAGACCCUCAACCACCCCCACAUCGUCAAGCUGAUUGGGAUCAUAGAGGAGAAUCCUGUGUGGAUCGUCAUGGAGCUGUAUCCUUAUGGAGAGCUCGGGAACUACCUGACUCAGAACAAGAACAAGCUGACGAACACGACCCUGGUGCUGUUCAGCCUGCAGAUAUGCAAGGCCCUGGUCUACCUCGGAGGGGUCAGCGUGGUGCACAGGGACAUCGCCGUGAGGAACGUGCUCGUCGCCAGCGCCGACUGUGUGAAGCUCGGGGACUUUGGCCUGUCGAGGUACAUCGAAAAUGAAGAAUACUACAAAGCGUCUGUGACUCGGAUGCCCAUCAAGUGGAUGGCCCCCGAAUCCAUCAACUUCAGACGCUUCACCACCGCCAGUGAUGUCUGGAUGUUCGCUGUGUGUGUGUGGGAGAUAAUGAGCCGAGGGAACCAGCCGUUCCACUGGCUGGAGAACAGGGACGUCAUCAACCAACUAGAGCAGGGCAUCCGUCUGCCCAAACCAGAAAACUGCCCCCCCGCCCUCUACUCCCUGAUGACGCGCUGCUGGGCCUACGACCCCAAAGAGAGGCCGUCCUUCACCGACCUGGUGGUCAAGAUCAGUGACGUCCACAAGAUGGAGAAGGAGCAGGAAGUGGAGCGGGAGCGGGAAAGAACGCGCUCCACAAAGUUCUUCGACCCCAAGUUCACAGUGAGCGAGCCUCCUCCCAAGCCUUCCAGGUUGUUACCUGGGCCCCGGUUUGGGAACGCGCUCAGUGUUGGCCUGCACAUGCAGCUGAACGAGGCUCUGUGUGCCAGCUCGCCCAACCUGGCCAGCCCGUCCGAGUACCAGUCCCCCGUGGACUCCAUGAGCAUGCUCACCGUGCCGCUCAAGUCCCCUCGGCCCCGCAGCAUGGGGGAGAAGGAGUUUCCUCUGGUGGAGCCGAACAGUUGGGAGGACGCCCAGCUCCUUUGGAGGAGGGAGAAACAGACCUUGCAGGAGACUCUCCGUCAGCAGAAAGUUGACAUGAUGGAGGAUGAGAAGUGGCUGAAGACCGAGAAGAAACUUCUGGAUCCCAUGGUAGCAGUGAACAUCAUCGUCCCAGAGCCGCCUGAGCCUGAACCGGAGCACGCUCCGCCAGAGAAGCCGCCCCGGCUCACAGCACAGCCUGCACCUACAGCCGAGCUGGACCGCUCCGACGACAAGGUGUACACGUGUGUCAUGGAGCUGGUCCGAGUUGUUGUCCAGCUCAAAAACGACAUCACCACCUUGGAGCCAGAGCAAUAUAUCAACAUUAUCAAGGUUGUGGGGAAGGCUUUACGAGAUCUGAUCUGCAGCGUGGAUGACGUUCUGCCCUCCUUACACACGUCUGUCAAAACCGAGAUCGAGGGCACCCAGAAGCUGCUCAACAAAGACAUGGCGGAGCUGAUCAGCAAGAUGAAGCUGGCCCAGCAGAACACCAUCACCUCCCUGAAGGAGGAGUGCAAGAAGCAGAUGCUGGCCGCGGCGCACACCCUGGCCGUGGACAGCAAGAACAUGCUGGACGCCGUGGACCAGGCCAGGGUCCGGGCCAACCUGGCCAAGCCCGCGCCCGUCUAGCGCUGCGCAGCUUCACUUCGAGUCCGCGUGAUUCGUGGUUCACGCCGGAGCCGAGCGUCCGUCGAGAAAGCAGCGUUUCAGUUGUGAUGGGACCAGUUGAGCGAAGCUUGUGGAAAACUGGACUUUUAGUUGGAAAAGUCAGGGAAGGUUUUAUCAAGGUGUAGUGAAAGCGAUGAUUAGUGUAUAGGGUGGCCUACAGGCAUCAUGUGUGAUGAUAGGUGAGGUACUGACUUAGUAAAUGAAUUAUCCUUGUAAAUAUGAAACGACUAAUUCAGAAAUGGGAAAAUAAUGAACUGUACUGACAUGAGAAAUACCAAGAAGAGGAACAAAAGUUAGCUCGUGGUUAAAAUGUUUAUAUAUUAGAAUUCAAACUUCAAUUUAGGUAUUAUUAUGGCUCACCAUAUAUUAUUAUAGUAGUAUAGGAUUACUAUUAUGACAGUGUAAACUAGGUGCGUACCUUGAUUAUGUCGGUAAUCCUUAGUAUUUUAGAGUUUUAAAGUCCACUCCCUUUUAAAAUAUUACCUCUGUUCAGUAUCGAUCAUCAUCUGUAUGUACGCACUUGGACAAAUUAAACAUCUGAGAGCUGA